AGAACUUUCCUCUAUCUUCUCUGCCUCAGUAGAACCUUCCUCUAUCUCUUCUGCUUCAGUAGAACCUUCCUCUAUCUCCUCUGCCUCAGUAGAAUGUUCCCCUGUCUCCUCUGCCUCAGUAGAACUUUCCUCUAUCUCCUCUCCUCUGCUUCCACUCAUCCUCUCAGUGUUUGUCUUGAGCGUUGACUCAGACGCCACUUUUUCCCACAUUAACAACCGUCCUGACGACUACGUUUACUCGCCGCUCCGUCGUUAUAAACCCAGACGUCCCGAGGCACAGGACUUCCUCUUACAUCACGGCGUGAGAACGUUACCGUAUCAUUCAUUCAUUAAGAGCUGUAACUAAGGCCCUGAAACUGGAGACUCCUUCCAUAACUACAUCAACAGUUCCACAUGUUUAGCUGCAGCACCUGCAGUACGAGUCCUUUGGAAAGUGCUGUUACUAUGGAAACGAGAGUGUAAUUAGAGCGGGGAAAUGCAGUGGGAUGGUGAGAGGGGGGAGUGCGUGAGGAGAUGGGCUGCGCCUCGGCUAAGCAGGUAUCGGCUGUGCCGAGUGACGACGAGGGCCGGGGAAAGGCCUACAGCAAUGGAGACGUCCACUCUGAUGAGUACAGGAUGAAAGGGGUUGAGGAGGUGAAGUACAUGCGUGUAGAGGAAGACCGUGUAAAUGCACGCAACCAGGAGAAUUUGGAAAAAAGUUCAGCACAAAACAAAACAAAGUUGCACAAAGAGGUGCCAGGAGCCAACGCCAACAGGCCCAAUAUUCAUACGUCAGAGAGUCAGCAGGAGUUCUUCAGAAUGCUGGAUGAGAAGAUUGAGAAGGGACGAGACUACUGUUGGGAUGAAGAACGAGCGAGAGAGAACGAGAGAAAAAUAGAGAGAACAUUCCCUUCUAUGGAGUGAAUUUAAAUCAGUGUUUUGUCUAUAACUGUUCAGAUUGGAGGAGUGUGUGUGUGUGUGUGUGUGAGUGUGUACGUGUGUGUGUGUGCGUACGUGUGUAAAAGCGAGUGCGAGUCUGCGAAAGGGAAUUUCCCUUGAGAACUAUAACUCCGCCCCCACCCACUGUCCUCCUGCUUCCAUCUAUGGUGGAAUAAAGAAAUGGACGUUUUGAUCGACAUCAGUCCGAGCGACCGAUCUACUGAGGAUUUAGCCCCGCCCCUCUGCACCUCAAGCUUCAACCUGAUUGGUUGGUUAUGGAUGCACAACUUCCUCCUCGACUGUGAGAGACAAUGAAAUGAAAUGAGAAACAGGAUGUUUUUAGUGUCCUCGGGCAGAAAGCAUGGGACGAAAGGACACAACAGAGAAGUGUGUGUGUGUGUGUGUGUGUGUGUGUGUGUGUGUGUGUGUGUGUGUUUGAUAUGUAAAGUAAAACAGAAGAGAUAUUUUAUUAAGAGAGAUAUGACAGAUGGGAAAUUGCGAACUCCUGCCUUUUGAAGGACAUUUUUUAUCUGUGCAGUUUUUUAUUUCUAUUAUUAUUUCUUUGUUGUUUAUUUUUUUGUUUUAUUGUUUUUUGGCUCAUAUUAUAGCACAGCGCCCUCUUCAGAUUAAAGAUGUAACGGGCAGGAACACAUUGACCUCGUAUACACCCUUCACACACACACACACACACACACACACACACACACACACACACAC